GAGACAGAGUCUCACUGUGUCACCCAGGCUGGUGUGCAGUGGUGCACUUGGUUCACUGCAACCUCAGCCUCUCGGGGAAUCAAGCAAUUCUACCUCAGCCUCCCAAGUAGCUGAGAUUACAGGCGCCCACAACCAUGCCCAGCUAAUUUUUGUAGUUUUAGUAGAGACGGGGUUUCACCAUGUUGGCCUGGCUGGUCUUGAACUCCUGACCUCAGGUGAUCCGCCCACCUCGGCCUCCCAAAGUGCUGGGAUUACAGGCAUGAGCCACGGCAUCUGGCUGAAAUUGUUUUCUAAAGCAUCACUUGUUUGCCAAAUCCAGUAUUUUCAGUCUUUAUCCUUUGGUUCCCUGUGAGGUAUGAAUGGACCGUUUAAGCUUCUAGGCCUCUUGCAUGAAGGGGCCUUAAAAGGUUAUAUGGUUGCAUAUGAUUAUAAAAUUGCAAAAGUAAAAUAGUUUUGCGCUCUUGUUUUUGAGCCUCAGGCCCAACAAAAUUGAAUCUACCCCCAUACAAAAGAAGUUCAUCAGAGUCUCUUAUAGCCUAUAGAGGUACCAAAAUGGGACAAGGUUUCUCACAACUUGGUCACAGAUAAGGAUAGAGCUAAUUGCUACAUUAAGACUCACAUCUUGAAUUGACCAAAUAAUUCUAUUCAAAGACAUAACUAGACCUCAGGUCUGGUUCUCAAUUAUUAAGGUUCAGGAACUAGAUUUGAAGCAGUUUGACCAAGGUAAUUAACCACUGGGAGAUUAAUGCAAACUAACCAAACUCACAAAAGACUAUAAAAAGAAUGUCUAUUUCUUAAUGUACAAGAAAGAAUCAAUACCUUAACAUUAAUUAUUAAUACCUUAAUAUUGACUAGGGUAUAUGGUAGACAUUUGUCUGCUAUCCAGAACACUCUAUUCCCUAAAUCAAAGUAGUUUAGAGACCAAAAUGAUCACGAAACGUUUAGUUAUCAUGAUUGAAAGUAAAAUAUUACUGGCCUUAUGGCCUCCUCGCUGCCUCAGAUCCCCUGAAAAUGGGGAAGGCUCUGUUCCUGUGUGAUUUAAGCCUGUGCAUGAUUCUGACCUACCAGUCUUGCUCAGUCAUGGAUUGAGCUGCAUUUUUACAUUUAAGGCAAGUUUUAUGGCAAGCCCUAACUCCACCCCAUUUGGCUGCCAUACGCGGAUGUUGUGCGUGUCCUCCAGAUCCCCAGCCAUCCCAGCACUUUCCCAUUCCACUCAUUCCCUCUCUUCCCCUUCCUCCAUCUCAAAGUGUUUUCCCUCACUUUCAAUGGCCAGACUGGCCUCCCCAAGGGCCCUCCUAACAUCAGGUCUGUCAUCACCUACCUUCUUCCACUUGCCUCGCCUACUAAUCAUCACCUCCUAGACUAUCACCGUCAUCUCCUACCUGGCUCACACUGGCCCCACCGCCCAGAACGGAAAGGAAGCUUGGAAUCGCUGUCAGGCCGCGCCUUCGCGACUCAGGGGGCCUGGGCCCUCCCCUGCCCAGCGGCGUGGCUGUGAGGGAAACCGUAUCGCAUUUUGCAUAGUCUUCGCAGUCCUACAUAACCGCCACCUUUACCCUUCGCGUGGGCAUCACAAUCGCCUCCUUCCCCUGGCGAAGGCAGAAACGCGCCUCCUGACGAGAACCAAGGCGUGUGGGGACGCAGGGCCUCUGCGUGUCAGGGAGCAGAACCUGGGCCGAGCCCUAGGUGAAGGGGCGGGGUGGUUGGCCCUGAACCAAUCAUGGCUCGUGACGACACGGCUCGGCCAAUCAGAACAAGGGAGGCCUGGGGCACUCGGGGCGGUGAGGAACCGCCCCCUUCCAGCUCCGCGGCCAACGCCUUCGCCCAGAGGUAGUUGGAGCCGUGCAGGUUCCCAGACUCCAGGUACUGGGCGCCUUACGAGCUGGGAGGUGCUGCCUCUCACCCAGCUAAUUGCUCUCUAGCCCUUGGCCUUCACAGGCGUUGAUGCCUGCCGUGAACGCAUUCUGACCUGUGCUGUAUCUCUCUCCCAAGACUUUGUGCCUAUGGUUGGGGACAGAGUGAGGUCGUUGCCUUGACGACGACAGCAUGCGGCCGGAGGUCCUCCUAAGUGUGAGCUUGCGGCGGACGGAGGCCCACCUGCCUCCCUGCCUGCUUCGCCCUGGACUCGUGACUGCGUCCGCAGAAGAAAUCACAACAGCGCUGGAAUUGCUAGUUUGCUAGGCAGCAUCUUUUGGACCUGCGAGCGAUAUGCAUUUCACCUCAAAUUUGUUUCCAAGUUGAAAACCUUUGGGUCUUUCUAUGCGAACGGAUUGAAGAAACGCAAAAAGUGUCUACUGACUUUAAGUUAAAAUGGAAAAAUAUGAAAACCUGGGAUUGGUUGGAGAAGGGAGUUAUGGAAUGGUGGUGAAGUGUAGGAAUAAAGAUACUGGAAGAAUUGUGGCCAUAAAGAAGUUCUUAGAAAGUGACGAUGACAAAAUGGUUAAAAAGAUUGCAAUGCGAGAAAUCAAGUUACUAAAGCAACUGAGGCAUGAAAACUUGGUGAAUCUCUUGGAAGUGUGUAAGAAAAAAAAACGAUGGUACCUAGUCUUUGAAUUUGUUGACCACACAAUUCUUGACGACUUGGAGCUCUUUCCAAAUGGACUAGACUACCAAGUAGUUCAAAAGUAUUUGUUUCAGAUUAUUAAUGGAAUUGGAUUUUGUCACAGUCACAAUAUCAUACACAGAGAUAUAAAGCCAGAGAAUAUAUUAGUCUCCCAGUCUGGCGUUGUCAAGCUAUGCGAUUUUGGAUUUGCGCGAACAUUGGCAGCUCCUGGGGAGGUUUAUACUGAUUAUGUGGCAACCCGAUGGUACAGAGCUCCAGAACUAUUGGUUGGUGACGUCAAGUAUGGCAAGGCUGUUGAUGUGUGGGCCAUUGGUUGUCUGGUAACUGAAAUGUUCAUGGGGGAACCCCUAUUUCCUGGAGAUUCUGAUAUUGAUCAGCUAUAUCAUAUUAUGAUGUGUUUAGGUAAUCUAAUUCCAAGACAUCAGGAGCUUUUUUAUAAAAAUCCCGUGUUUGCUGGAGUAAGGUUGCCUGAAAUCAAGGAAAGAGAACCUCUUGAAAGACGCUAUCCUAAGCUCUCUGAAGUGGUGAUAGAUUUAGCAAAGAAAUGCUUACAUAUUGACCCUGACAAAAGACCCUUCUGUUCUGAGCUCCUACACCAUGAUUUCUUUCAAAUGGAUGGAUUUGCUGAGAGGUUUUCCCAAGAACUACAGUUAAAAGUACAGAAAGAUGCCAGAAAUAUUUCUUUAUCUAAAAAAUCCCAGAACAGAAAGAAGGAAAAAGAAAAAGAUGAUUCCUUAGGUGAAGAAAGAAAAACACUUGUGGUACAGGAUACCAAUGCUGAUCCCAAAAUUAAGGAUUGUAAACUAUUUAAAAUAAAAGGCUCAAAAAUUGAUGGAGAAAAAGCUGAAAAAGGCAAUAGAGCUUCAAAUGCCAGCUGUCUCCAUGACAGUAGGACAAGCCACAUCAAAAUAGUGCCUUCAACAAGCCUCAAAGACUGCAGCAAUGUCAGUGUGGACCACACAAGGAAUCCAGGCGUGGCAAUUCCCCCGCUUAUGCACAAUCUUUCUGCAGUUGCUCCCGGUAUUAAUUCUGGAAUGGGAACUGCGACUCUACCAAUUCAGAGUUACAGAGUGGAUGAGAAAACUAAGAAGUGUUCUAUUCCAUUUGUUAAACCGAACAGACAUUCCCCAUCAGGCAUUUAUAACAUUAAUGUGACCACAUUAGUCUCUAGUGAAAAAAGCCUCUUUCGGGCAAGUAAGAAAAGAAGGGAGUACUCCAGGACAGAUGUCCAUUUGCCUGAACUAAACUAUAAUCAUCUCCCUGAACUAAGAGCAUUGGAAGGCACAGCUCGAAAUUCCAGGCUAACAAAGAAAGAGAGCAAAAUUCUUUCAGAAUCUCGAAUUCCUUCUCUGGCCGCUAUUGACCUGCACACCCCCAGUAUUACAUUACAUCAGGUAUCAGGACCUCCCCUGUCAGAUGAUUCAGGGGCUGAUUUGCCUCAAAUGGAACACCAGCACUGAGAACCAUUUUGGUUCUGAACUGGAUGCUGCUCUUGCACUUGAGAUGACAUCUUCUUGCAGCAAGAGUGCUGAUAUCCCAAGAGGAGAGAUUCAUGGUUUUGAUCAUUUCCUUCUGAACUGCCUGCAUUUUCUAAGGAAGGCCUUCUAGAAUAAGGAAAGACAAAGACUUCCAAAUGUUUCAAAGGAAGAUUGAACAAAUGGCCCUCCUCAAAUGUUAUCCCAUUACCUUUCACGUCCACCGAUGCUAUUUCAAGAUAUAUCCAGUGGAAGAACAGUGAUACGGUUCUUGUUACAUGAAUGUGUAUUUACUGUUAGAAGAUUGUAUAUUUUAAGUUACCCAUGAUUAAAAGUGAGUAAAAAAGGGGGACAGAGAGAAAUAUUAUAAAAGGCCAUGUUACUCAUGCAUUGAACUUUGUGUGUUUUCUGUAUAAAUGUGUACAUUUAUUUAGGAGUGGGUUUGGUGGGGGUAGGUGAUAAUCAUUAGGAUCAGUUGAAGAAAACUGAAGAAACUAGGAUCAGUAAGAGAAACUGUUUGCUUUGCCCGAAUUUAACUAUGAAAACACACUUAAAAAUCUUACGUGUUUCUAGAUAUUAAGGGAAUAUGUAACUCCUGUCCAUGGGUAGACGUGUAUCUUUGGUUUCUGUACUUAUUGUUGAUGUUCUAUCAGUAUAUUAUGAGACUGACCUCUCUGCUGAUCUUCUAAGAACCACACUAAUGCAAGCUUGACAGAGAAACCUCUUUCGAAUGACUUACUACCACUCUGGCAUUGGCUAGUUCUCUGUAUUAUAAGAUUCUGGUGCUAAUGUUCCAUACGGAAUUGAUCAGGACUGAUUACUCUUCUGUGAACCAAUUGCUAUUGAACCACCCAGCUGAAGAGGCUUUGGGGAGAGAAUGUUCAUGAUUAUGGACUCCACUUUUGUCCCCUGGUAGUUUAUGGGUGAUACUAGAAUCCAGAGAAGUUCCUGUCUCCUUGUGACCUCAAACACUUAGGCCUUCUCAAAAACUUUCCACCAAGGUGCAAAAUCAUUUACCUACAUUCCACACAUCUUUUCCAAUGCAUGGAUCCAGAACUUUUUAGGUGGGAGGAAUAAACCAAGUUGGCUACAGAUUCUUGAUUUCUGGGUUUCUAGCCAUGCUCUGCUUUAUCAUUUUAGAGAAUGGUUGUUUAAGGAACCAGAAUUUGUGUGAGUUUUUUUUUUUUGCCUUAACCAGUUAAUAGUGUGUUGCUUUUUUCCCAAAGCCAUUGACUAGAACUUAGCUGAAGAAUUUAACUAGGACUUUUCUUUUUCACUCUGAGGAGCUUAAUAUUGAAAUUCUGACCUUGGAUAUUUAAGCCUCAAAAGAGUAGGAUAUUCAAGAGGAGGCAAAUAAGGGGUUUCAAUGUACAAGUCUAUUUGGUGGUGAAAUUAAAAUUUGGUCUUGAUUUAAAAGCUCUACUUUUAAUCUGUGACCAGGUGUUUGACUACAUUAGUAUGGCUAACAUGCUGAAAAAACUAGAGUAUCGGCAUUAAUAGGCUUCAUAUUAAAAUGUUACUAUUUUAUUUUUACUUUGAAAAACACUGCCAGUAGAUUCUGCAGCAUGGCCAGCAGGUAAUACUUAAAGCCAAAUGGCGCUUCGGCUUAUUUCAAUACUAUUUUUAUGUAAAGAUCAGUGUGAACAUAACAGCUCAAUGGUUGAGGUUCUAGGAUCAAUUACCUUACAGUUUUUAUAUUAGCUUUUGAUAUCUUUUGCCUAUUAAAACACCUUGUGAACUUUAGAAUUAAGGAACUAAAAAUUAUUUACUAUAAGUCCAAGUUACGACUUGAGGAUUGUAUCUAAUUAGAACUGUGGCAGAACUACUAGAAAAAGAAGAUUCUGCAAAUUGGUUUCAGUGGUUCUUGAUGUAAUCAUAAUCAUCAACAAUAAUAGAUAUUGAAUCAAAGUCAUCCUUUUUUUAAGUUUAAGGUUAUUUAGUUUCUCUUGCAAGGAUAUGAUUUAGUCACACACUAUAGGGAAUAUGUGUAUGUACUGUUGGGGAGCAGUGGGCUUGCUGUGUGUAUGUAUGUUUUAAAAUUAAUAAAUAUUAUCUUACUGGGCUCCAUAGAUGGUUUUAGUUUAGAUUUAUUUAAUUAAGAGGCUAUAAAUAAUAUAUACACUACUGUAUGGUAUUUAACAAAUAAGUUUGAAAUCUGUUAAUUCUUCUUGAAAACUUUGGAUGUAGGGGUGACAAGCUAAUUUUCUUGUAUAACUGGUGAUAUAAGCAGCAUGGUCAUAAAACAACAUUUCUUGUGAAGACUAACUGGUAAAAGUUUUGACAGAACCUGGUUUUCCUGACCGAGAAUCCCUUGCUUGCUUAGAAUAUCUGACUUCCCAUUGAAAUGGAACAUAGAAAAUGUGUUUUCUUAUGUGUCUCUCAUUAUUGGUUCCUCUAUCUUAGUUGUGCUAAAAUAUAAGGCUGGACUUGUAAUACACUAUGUAUCAGACUAGAUUGAAAAAUGUGAUCCAUUUGUUUUCUAAGCCCUCCUCUAUAUAAUUGAACCACUGUCAGGGGAUUAGAGAAGAAACAGAGCACUGCUCCUAAGACUUUAGGCUAGUCUUAGUGAAAUGGACUAAAUGGAUUUUUCUCUGUUGUUUUUUGCAUUAAGUGUUUUUGCACUAGAAGAGGGUGCUUAACACUCCUCUAUAUCAAUAAAAAAUUUUGUUCUCACA